CCAAGACCCUCAUUAUUUUAUUUUCAUACAAAAGGGACUGCCAAGGGCUCGGACCACCCGCCCAGAGGAGUCAAGGAAAGAUUGAAGGAAGUAAAAAAGGACCUUCAUCAUAUCCUGCUGCUUCCUAACGUGUACAGAUGUUUGCUGAGAAAGUAGUGAUAGAUAAGAAGAUGGGCAGCAGGGAGAUCUCUCUGACCUGUGUGUUGACGCCCUGCCGGGUGAUCGGGGUCUGUAUAACAGUGAUGACCUUGGGAGCCAUUGGAGCAGCCGUCUGGGCCGUAGUUACAUAUUGCACAAUGGAAGAAGACACAGACCUGUAUGAUGUUCAGGUAAAUACAGCUGACCAGCGUCUCAGAAUCUUUGACUCAGCUCAGAAGAGGUGGCGUCAGGUUUGUUCUUCAUCAGCCAAUGAACUUUUAGCCAGCAUCAGUUGCGAAGAAGUGGGAUUUGUCAGUGUGGUGAAUUAUUCUGUCACAUCAGUGCCAGAGGCAAGUGGUGAUGGCGGAGAGUUCUUUUGCGUCAGACAGGAAGAGCUCAGUUAUGGAAAGAAAAUCAAAGACUCACUGUUCCCAUGUGACUGUGAGAGCAGGGAAGUUCUCACACUGUUGUGCCAAGACUGUGGCAGGCGUAGUUUUGCAGAGGACCGUAUAGUUGGUGGUGUGGAUGCAAGGCAGGGCAGCUGGCCUUGGCAGGUCAGCUUGCAGUACGAUGGCGUUCAUCAGUGUGGAGGAUCCAUCAUCUCUAACCGCUGGAUUGUUUCUGCUGCUCACUGCUUCCCAGAGCGGUAUCGCUUUGUUAACCGCUGGCGUGUGCUGCUGGGCUCCAUCUACAAUAAACCCGUCAAUGCCAACGUGGCAGAAGUGAGGACCAUCGUUUACCACAGCAGCUACCUUCCCUUUGUAGAUGCUAACAUUGAUGACAACAGCAGGGACAUUGCAGUCCUGGCCCUCACCCAGCCUCUCUCUUUCAAUGAAAACAUUCAGCCUAUUUGUCUACCAGCAUAUGGUCAAAGACUGAUAGAUGGACAGAUGGGAACAGUAACAGGUUGGGGAAACGUAGGAUACUAUGGUCAUCUAGCAGAUGUUCUCCAGGAAGCGAAUGUCCCCAUCAUCAGUGACGCUGUCUGUAAUGCUCCCGAUUACUAUGACAACCAGAUCACCACCAGUAUGUUCUGUGCUGGCUAUGACAAAGGAGGCACUGAUGCCUGUCAGGGAGACAGCGGUGGUCCUUUUAUGGCAGAGGACUGCUUCUCGAAGACCAGUCGGUAUCGUCUGCUGGGAGUAGUGAGCUGGGGAACUGGCUGUGCCAUGGCCAAGAAACCUGGUGUCUAUACCAGAGUGUCCCGAUUUCUACCCUGGAUAUCGACAGCCAUGAGGAACUAUCACAACUCACCAGGUGUUCACAAAAUGGCCCGAACAUGAGAUUCCUGUCCACGUAUUUCUACUUUUUUCUACUCUUGGAUGAUAAUAUGGACAGGUCCUGUGAGUGAUACUGUGAUUCUGUAGGGUGCUACCACGAGGGAUAAAAGACUGUGAUCUACUCUUCAAAUUUGCCUUGUCACUGAAACAUUUCACAGAGGAUUGACCCACUUCCUGACCCUGAUACAUGACCCGUAUCUUUGCAGUGCACACAGACAGAGCCCUUUGAUACAUGAAGUUAGUGAACUUGACCAACUUUAUUAUUAUGAAGUUAUGAAGACAUAAUGAAGUCAGAAAGGUGAAAUGUUACAAUCACUAUAUUUAGAUUUCACUUUUAUCUAUACUAGGAUUCUUUUUCUUAUCCAUCUUUUUUUUUCUUUUGUAUUUUUUAACUGCAUACAAUUGCAAUGUCAGCAGAAGUUAAGUUAGAAAUAACCACUGAACUGAACCAAUACACAGCAAUAAAUUGUAAUGGUCUUUCUCAAGCAAUCUAGAUGCAAUUUCAUUCUUUUCUAUUUUAAGAUACAUCUCUCUCCAUGGAGAUUUUAUACAUGCAUUUGUUCCACAUGAGUCACUUUCUUCUGCAGCCAAUGAGUCCAGCAAACCACAUUAAGUGCAGAAGCACUAAUUUGUCACUUGAAGUAUUUUGGCAGAGGCAGGGGUCACCCAUUCAGACAAUUAGAGAUCUGAGCUAUUUGUAAUUUAUGAGUCAUGCAAAUUACUGAGUGAAAAAAAAAAAAUCCUGGAGUUUUGUAAAAUUAUAACACAUAGUAAGGAUGUCAUUUUAAAAUUACACUUGUACUUGUGUGGUACAUGCUGUGUCUUUUUUAUGCAGUAGCCUGACAUUUGUAUGGAAAAUAAUUGUUCAUGCAAGCUUUAUUGUUAUCAAAUUCCCACAUGACCUGGUGAAGAUGAUGCUCAUGUUCCAACCAGUGUUCUGUUGUUGUCUUGUAAAUAUUAGUUGGUACCUUGUUUAUGUAGAUGUUUAUUUGAGAUACGUUACUGAUGUCUAAAAGAUCCAAGAGUGCAAUAACAACUACAAUCAUGUUCUCAUAAAAUACUUACUGUACGUUACCGAUUUCAGUCCACAGUCAUAAACCAAAGUGUAGGAUUGUUACUGAGUUGUAUGACUUUGAUUGCAGUGCUAUCUGAAUGGAAAGAGCCCGUUGUACUUCUUUAUGUUUAUUGUACAAAACAAUAAAUCAAUAAAUUUACACAUUAAAAGAGA